GCUGUAGCCAUGGAGACGCGGGGGGCGGGGCCGCCCAGGAGAACGCGACCUUUGACCUGCAGCAGAGGCUGCGUCAGAGGCGGUGCAGACAGCGGUGCUACGGCUGCGGCGGCCGGGCUCCGGGGUGCCGGGCCGCACCGGGUGGGCGGCGAUGGAGGAUCCUGUUCAAGAUGGGGUGGCUUCACCAUCCACCCCUGGGACCGGGAAAUCUAAGCUGGAAACAUUGCCCAAGGAAGAUCUCAUCAAGUUUGCCAAGAAGCAGAUGAUGCUAAUACAGAAAGCUAAAUCAAGGUGUACAGAAUUAGAGAAAGAAAUUGAAGAAUUUAAAUCAAAACCUGUUGCUGGAGGAACUGAUGAUAUUAUUAAGGCAUUGACUGAACGUCUAGAUGCUAUUCUUCUGGAAAAAGCAGAGACUGAGCAACAGUGUCUUUCUUUGAAGAAGGAAAAUAUUAAAAUGAAGCAAGAAGUUGAAGCUUCUGUAACUAAGAUGGAAGAUAUGCACCAGGAAUUUGAACAAUCUCAUAGAAAAUAUGUGAAAGAAAUUGAAAAUUUGAAAAAUGAAUUGAUGGCAAUACAUUCCAAACACAGUGAAGAUAAAGCUAACUUACAAAAGGAACUGGAAGAAGCAAUGAAUAAACAACUUGAGCUUUCAGAACAACUUAAAUUUCAGAGUAGCUCUGAAGAUAAUGUUAAAAAACUACAAGAAGAGAUUGAGAAAAUUAAGCCAGCCUUUGAAGAUGAAAUUUUAUAUCUGCAGAAGCAAUUAGAAGCUACUACUGAUGAGAAGAAGCAAACAAUUACAGAUCUCCAAAAAGUCAUUGAGGCUAAUUCUCAACAUUAUCAGAAAGAUAUUAAUAAUUUGCAGGAAGAGCUUUUGCAGUUGAAAGCUACACACCAAGAAGAAGUAAAAGAAUUGGUGUGCCAAAUCGAAACAUCAGCUAAGGAACACGAAGCAGAAAUAAAUAAAUUAAACCAGAUAAAAGAGAAUUUAGUAAAACAAUGUGAGGCAAAUGAGAAGAACAUUCAGGAGAAAUACGAACGUGAAUUAGAAAACUUAAGGAAAGCCACCUUAAAUGCAAACCAAGACAAUCAGAUGUGUUCUGUCCUCUCACAAGAAAAUGCUUUUGUAAGUGAAAAAGUCAAACAUUUAGAAGAUGCCUUAAAGGAACUGGAAUCUCAACAUAGUAUCUUAAAAGAUGAGGUAACUUAUAUGAAUAAUCUUAAAUUAAAACUUGAAAUGGAUGCUCAGCAUGUAAAGGAUGAGUUUUUUCAUGAACGGGAAGACCUAGAAUUUAAAAUUAAUGAACUAUUACUAGCUAAGGAAGAACAGAGCUGUGUAAUUCAAAAAUUAAAAUCUGAGCUACAGGAUUUAAAUGAACAAUUUAGUCGUACUAUAGAACAACAUAACAAAGAAGUACAGAAUCUUAAGGAACAACAACAAAAAGAAAUGUCAGAACUAACUGAGACAUUCUUAUCUGAUUCAGAAAAAGAAAAAUUAACACUGAUGUUCGAAAUCCAGGGUCUUAAAGAACAAUGUGAAAACCUACAGCAAGAAAAGCAAGAAGCAAUCUUAAAUUAUGAAAGUUUGCGGGAGAUUAUGGAAAUUUUACAGACAGAACUGGGGGAAUCUGCUGGGAAAAUAAGUCAAGAGUUUGAAUCAAUGAAGCAGCAGCAAGCCUCUGAUGUUCAUGAACUUCAGCAGAAGCUCAGAAUUGCUUUUACUGAAAAAGAUGCUCUUCUUGAAACUAUAAAUCAUCUUCAGAGAGAAAAUCAAAAGUUAUUGUCUCAACAGGAAUCAGUACCAGAAUUUGAAGAUACCAUAAAGAAUCUUCAAGAAAAGAAUGAAGUAUGUUUACUUAGCCUCAGUCAGAGAGAUACCAUGUUACAGGAAUUAGAAGCAAAGAUAAGUUCUCUUACUGAGGAAAAAGAUGAUUUCAUAAAUAAACUAAAAAAUUCUCAUGAAGAAAUGGAUAAUCUUCAUAAAAAAUGUGAAGGAGAAGAAAGAUUGAUUAUAGAAUUUAAGGAGAAAGUGAAGCAAACUACCAAGUACAACAGUGAACUAGAACAAAAAGUAAAUGAAUUAAUGGGAGAAUUAGAAAAGACUUUAAAAGAAAAGGAUCAAAAUGACCAAAAACUAGAAAAACUUGUGAUUCAAAUGCAAACUCUAUCUGAAGACAAGGAAGCAUUGUCAUCUGAAGUGAAGUCUCUUUAUGAGGAAAAUAAUAGACUAAGUUCAGAGAAGAACCAAUUGAGUAAGGAUUUGGAAGUUCUUCUGUCUCAGAAAGAAGAAAAGGCUAUCCUUAAAGAACAUAUUACUGAAUUAGAAAAGAAACUUCAGUUAACUGUUGAAGAGCAAGAUAAUUUAAAAAAACUGUCUGAAAAUGAGCAAGUUCAGAAGUCAUUUGUCAAAACUCAGUUGUAUGGUUUUCUUAAACAAAUGGGGUCACAAGUUUCAGAAGAAACUGAAGAACAAGAUGUUGAAAAUGUCCUGCAUGCAGUAGGUGAAUCCUUAGCAAAAAUAAAUGAGGAAAAACACAACUUAGUGUUUCAGCAUGACAAAAGGGUAUUUGAGUUAGAAAAAGAGAUGAAGUGCCUUCAAGAAGAGAGUGUAGUUCAGUGUGAAGAACUUAGGUCUUUGCUACGAGACUAUGACCAAGAAAAAGUUCUCUUAAGGAAAGAGUUAGAAGAAAUCCAGUCAGAAAAAGAGGCCCUACAACUUGACCUUCUAGAAAUGAAGAAUGCUAAUGACAAAAUAAGGCUUGAAAAUCAGAAUCUUUUAGUUCAAGUUGAAGAAGCAUCUCAAACAUUAUAUAACAAAAAUGAAAUCCAUAACGAAAAAGAAGAAUGUUUUAUAAAGGAACAUGAAAACCUAAGGCCAGUACUCGAACAAAAAGAAUCUGAAUUGCAAGAUUUGAGAGCAGAGCUGAUUCUUUUAAAGGAUUCCUUAGGGAAAUCGCCUUCUGUAAAAAAUGAUCAACUCUCUUCAGUAAAAGAGCUGGAAGAAAAAAUAGGAAAUCUGGAAAAAGAAUGCAAAGAGAAAGAGGAGAAAAUAAAUAAGAUAAAAUUAGUUGCCGUGAAGGCCAAGAAAGAACUAGAUUCUAGCAGAAAAGAGGCCCAGACUAUAAGGGAAGAACUUGAAUCUGUUCGGUCAGAAAAGGACCAGUUGUCUGCUUCUAUGAGAGAGCUCAUUCAAGGAGCGGAGAGCUAUAAGAAAAUCCUGAAAGUCCGUGAAAGAAUAAAUUUAUGUGUAAUGAAUCAUUUGUCAUUCCAGUGUGAAAAAUUGAAUUCUGAUAAUGAAGAUCUCCUGGCUCGUAUUGAGACAUUACAGUCUAAUGCCAAGUUAUUAGAAGUACAGAUUUUAGAAGUCCAGAGAGCCAAAGCAAUGGUAGACAAAGAAUUGGAAGCUGAAAAACUUCAGAAAGAACAGAAGAUAAAGGAACAUGCUAGUACUGUAAGUGAACUUGAAGAACUUCAGGUACAACUUCAGAAGGAAAAGAAACAGCUUCAGAAAACCAUGCAAGAAUUAGAGCUGGUUAAAAAGGAUGCCCAACAAACCACAUUGAUGAACAUGGAAAUAGCUGAUUAUGAACGUUUGAUGAAAGAACUAAAUCAAAAGUUAACUAAUAAAAACAGCAAGAUAGAAGACUUGGAGCAAGAAAUAAAAAUUCAAAAACAGAAACAAGAAACCUUACAAGAAGAAAUAACUUCACUACAGUCUUCAGUACAACAAUAUGAAGAAAAAAACACCAAAAUCAAGCAGUUGCUUGUGAAAACCAAAAAAGAACUGGCAGAUUCAAAGCAAGCAGAAACUGAUCACUUAAUACUUCAAGCAUCUUUAAAGGGUGAGCUGGAGGCAAGCCAACAACAAGUAGAACUCUAUAAGAUUCAGCUGGCUGAAAUUACAUCUGAGAAACACAAAAUCCAUGAGCACCUGAAGACCUCUGCAGAACAGCACCAGCGCACACUGAGCGCCUACCAGCAGAGAGUGACAAUGCUGCAGGAGGAGAGCUGUGCUGCCAAGGCAGAAAAAGCUGCUAUAACCUCUGAAUUUGAAUGCUACAAAGUCCGAGUUCAUAAUGUUCUAAAACAACAGAGAAAGAAAUCUGUGUCUCAGGCUGAAACUGAAGGAGCCAAACAAGAAAGGGAACAUCUGGAAAUGCUGAUUGACCAACUAAAAAUCAAAUUACAAGAUAGCCAAAAUAACUUACAGAUUAAUGUAUCUGAACUUCAAACAUUACAGUCUGAACAUGAUACUCUGCUAGAAAGGCACAACAAGAUGCUACAGGAAACUGUGUCCAAAGAGGCGGAACUCCGGGAAAAGUUGUGUUCAAUACAGUCAGAGAACAUGACGUUGAAGUCUGAACAUGCACAGACUGUGAGUCAACUAACGUCACAGAACGAGGUCCUUCAGAACAGCUUCCGAGAUCAAGUGCGGCAUCUGCAGGAAGAGCACAGAAAGACGGUGGAGACUUUACAGCAGCAGCUCUCCAAGGUGGAGGCACAGCUCUUCCAGCUGAAGAAUGAACCUCCCACAAGAAGCCCAGCUUCUUCCCACCAACCUAUGAAGAACCUUCGAGACAGAAGAAAUGCAGACCUCCCUCUUCUUGACAUGCACACUGUGACCCGGGAGGAGGGGGAAGGGAUGGAGACAACUGACACUGAGUCUGUGUCUUCCUCCAGCACACACACGCAGUCUUUAGAGCAGCUGCUUAACUCUUCGGAGACUAAGUUUGAGCCUCCUUUAUGGCAUGCUGAAUUUACCAAAGAAGAAUUGGUUCAAAAGCUCAGUUCCACCACAAAAAGUGCAGAUCACGUAAACAGCCUGCUGAGGGAAACGGAAGCGACCAAUGCAAUCCUUAUGGAACAAAUUAAGCUUCUCAAAAAUGAAAUAAGAAGACUGGAAAGAAAUCAAGAGCGAGAAAAGUCUGUAGCUAGCCUGGAAUACUUGAAGAAUGUCUUGCUACAGUUCAUCUUCCUGAAACCAGGUAGUGAAAGAGAGAGGCUUCUUCCUGUGAUUGAUACAAUGUUGCAGCUCAGCCCUGAAGAAAAGGGAAAACUUGCUGCAAUUGCUCAAGGUGAGGAAGAAAAUGCUUCCCGUUCUUCUGGAUGGGCAUCCUAUCUGCAUAGUUGGUCUGGACUUCGAUAGAUUGGUGGAAAGAAAAUUCUUCGUUAACCAAAUAGAAUCCAUUUUGCAAAAAUGGUUCAUGUAUAUUACUGUCAUUCUUUGUCAAAAAGUAUGUAUAUAAGGUCACAUCUACAUAUGUUUGUAUAUAUAUAUGACAGAUGUAUUUUUAAAGUCUCAGCUGGAAGUGAAAGUAUAGCAGCUUGUAGAGUUGAUACCAG